AUGGUGAACGCGAGCUCCAGCGCGCCGCGCGCGCUCGACGCCUCGCGGCCCGCCGCCGCGCCGCCGGCGGCGACCUUGGACCAGCUCGUGGCGAUCCACGGCCGGAGCUACGUGGACCACCUCCGGUCGCCGGACGAGCUCCUCGCGGAGGCGCAGCUGCGCCACGCGAAGCCGUCGCCGGGCGAGCCCCACGGCCCCGUCGCCUGCGCCUACCUCGCGCGCGAGAUCCACCGGCUCUGCGGCGCCGCCGUGCCGCGGCUGCGCUUCGCGGCCUUUUCGGAGGCGUUCGCGGAGCAGACGUACGUCGUCCUCGCCGCGGAGCGCGGCGACGCGGCCGGCCGCGACGCCGCGCUCGCCGCCUGCACGGCGGCGCUGGGCUGCGCCGCGUCGUCCGCGGGGUCGAGCUUCGCGUCGAAGCCCCUCGCCUGCCCGCGGCUCUCGGUCCGCGGCCGCGACGGCGCGCGCGACGCGCGGGCGCUGCCGCGCUGGGGCGACGACGGCCCGCUGCCCCUCGCGGCCGUGCUCGGCGGCGCCGUGCGGGGCCGCGCGCGCGUCGCGGCGGCGGACCUGCCCUUCCUCCUCGUUUUAGACGCCGGGGCGACGACGCUCGCGGUCGAGCUCGUCGACGCGCGGCGCGGGCCGGCGGGCCUCGUCGUCGGCGCGAUGUACGCGGUCGUCGGGGAACGCCCCGGCUUCGCGGACCGCGAGGCGCUGGCCCAGCUCCUCGACGCGGCCAAGGCGCGGGAGCGGUGGCCCGCGCUGACGCUCGCGGUCCCGGAGGCGACGGUUUUGGACCUCGCGUCGCGCCUCGAGCGGUCGUCGCGCGAGCUCUCCGCGGCGGCGCACGUGGCGGCGCUCGAGGCCUUUUCGGCGCGCAACGCGCCGCCGGGAGGCGCCGACGCGCGCGCCGUCGCGUGUCUCGGCGCGCUGCGCGACGGCGUGCGCCACGGCGCGCUCGGCGACCUCGGCCCCGCGACGACGGCCGCGCCGCCGCCCGAGGCCGGCGGAUUCCUGAUCGCCCGCCAGCGCAAGGACCGGGGCGGCGCGCUCUUCCGCGCGGGCGACCUCGCCGCGGCCCAGCGGUGCUGGCGCGGCGCGCUGGAGAUUCUGCGGGACGCGCGCGCGGACCCGGACCGCCUCCGGCCGGCGCUCCACGCGAACCUCGCCGAGCUCCUCCUGCGGCGGCGCAACUGGGCCGGCGCGGCGGCGCAGGCGACGGCGGCGCUCGCGGCGGACGCGCGCCACGUCAAGGCGCGCGUGCGGCGCUGCCGCGCGCGGCGGCGCCUCGGCGACGCGGCGGGCGCGCUCGACGACGCGAGGCGCGCCGUCGACGCGGCGGGCCACGACUUCACGCUCCGACGCGCGCUCGCGCCGCUCGUCGCCGCCUGCGAGCGCGGCGCCGCGGACGCGCCCGCGCGGGAAGAGGAGGCGCCCAAGGGGCUGCCCGCGGACCUCUACGCGGACAAGGAAGCGAAGCGGGAGGAGGAGGAGGACGACAAGGAGCCGGAGGCGACCGCGGAGGAGAAGGUCCAGCGGACCUUCGCGACGCUGGUGGAGGACGCGCUCAAGACGGGCACGGCGGAGGCCAUGGCCGUCACGGAGGCGGACCUCACGGAGGAGGACUACGCGCGCUACUACCGCGACGCGGAGCGGGCGUUUCGCGAGAAUUAA